UUUUGAAGUUCAAUGUAUAUAUCAUGGGCUUUCGCAACGGGCUAUAUCAUACUUAUAAACAUCAGUCUUGAGAUAACUAUCCAUCAGCAUGGCAACUACCACGAAACAAAGAUUCCAUACCUUGUUCAAGGAUGAUCCGUCAGAUGACCACAAUAAAAUCGAACUCUUCUCCCCACUUGAGUCUCAACAACAGACCGAGAUCACAGCAUUCAACACUAUCUCUCAAUCCAACGUCGUUCCUCUGAGAAAGCUGAAACAAUGGCCUCGAGCUGUCAUAUGCCCUGCCUGUCGAGAACUCUCUCUGACCCGAGUUGAACGCAAGAUUUGUGGUGGUACGCAUGCCAUGGCUGCAUUGAUGUUUGCGUGCACGAUCGUUGGAGGCCCUCUUGCUUACAUUGGGAAUCAGUGGAAGAAUACUGAGCACUACUGUUGCAGAUGUAACCGGAGACUGGUGACUUGGCACUUUAGCUCUGGGACCGAGAUUCAUGUUUGGUAAUUGAUUUCGCUAUAUUGAAAAUAGAUGAUUUAUUGAGACCACAGACAGUUGUGUUUCAGCCUUGCCAAUAGCUUUAUAGUUGAUACCAUUGCUCUUUUAUCCGGAGCUCAAAUCCCAUAGCCUCUUGAACUCGCUCUCCUUCUUCAGUAGCUCCCUUGGGUUAUCCCACUCGAUAACCCUUCCUCCUCCCAUCACAGCAACUCGAUCAAAGUCAACAACAGCACCCAGUCGAUGUGCAAUAGCGAUAACCGUGCAUCCCACGAACUCCUCUUGGACCACCUGUCGGAUCAAUUGCUCCGACUUGGCAUCGACGUUGCUACUCGCCUCGUCAAGAAAAAUAAUCUUCUUGUUAGCGAGUAUCGCUCUGGCAAGGCAAAGAAGCUGGCGUUGACCUUGUGAUAGUCGCUCGACGUCAAGAAUGCUGUCCAAGCCUCCGAGCUUCUCUACAGCGUCUUUCAUCCUUAGGCGCUUGAGAACGGCGAGAAUCCUCUCUUCAGGCUGCUCACCACGAGGAACCAGAUUGUCGCGAACAGUAGUCUUCUUCAUGAAGAACGGAUGCUGAGGAACGACUGCCACAGACGCCCGUACAGUUUGUCGCGGAAGCGUAGUGAUGUCGAUGCCGUCGAACUUGAUGCUAGACUUCGAGUCAACCUCCAACAUCCGGAGAAGACAGGCCAUCAAGGAGCUUUUGCCACUGCCACUCCGGCCAACGACGCCGACCUUGAAUCCUGCUCUGAUGUCUAGACUGACUUCGUGCAGUACUGGCUCACCCGAAGUGGUGUAUGCAGCCGUCAAGUUUUCGAUCUGCACGUGGCCAUGAGAAGGCCAGCUCUCGGGUGGAGUAACCACCUCGCCUGGAAGAUUCUCGCUGUCAGUUGUGGAGCAGAACUCCUUAGUACGGCUAACAGCACCCAGUGAGGUCUCUAAUUGCGUAUAAUUCUUGAUGAGUUGUGUGAGAUAUUGCGAAAAGGAUGUCACAUUGAGGAGGGCCAUUGCCACAAACUUCGGCUCGAAGUUGUCUCGAAGCUUGACGAUGAGAACCAUCAAGAUUGUAGCCAGCGCUGCAACCGCAAGAUCAAGGAUAACAGCUAGCCAGCGCUGAAUACUGAAGAGGAGAUAGUAUGGACGCUGAGAUGCGUCGAGGAACUGAAAGUGUUGUUCCUUGAACUGCUUGACCCAGCCGAAGGAUCUAACGCUGGACAAUCCUUGAAGGGUAUCAAGGAAUUGUGUGAACAGGGGUGAGUUUGCUUGUAGCUCAAGGAUUCGGAUCUGGCGAGAAGUCCGAAGGCAAAAUCUCUG